AUGGCAGCACCACGACGAGAGCCACGACCAUUUCACUUGCGUCGCCAGUCGGCCUACACUAUCAUUGCAUGUUUCGUGGUGUUUUACAUUGUAUCCCAGACCGUUGUCCUCAUUUUUUUCCACCUGAACUCACCAAAGCUGAAUUUUGGAUCCGAUAGCUGGCAACGGGGCUUUGUUAGCUAUGGAACAAAUGUGCACACGCAGCGGUUCGUGAGCUUCCCAUUGUACAAUGCAACCGCGGAGAAAGCACAGGCCUUGCUGUAUACGAAGUCCUUUCAAAGCCUGGAACGCCCCCUAAAGUUUCUGCACAUUCCCAAGACAGCGGGUUCCGCGAUUGAAAAUGCAGCUGGCGAAAAUGGGAUAAAUUGGGGAAGCUGCGCGUUCUUUCAUAAGCCGAAGCGCGACAUUUGUGACUAUCCCGGCACCGAAUGGCCCAUGCGGAUAGGAUGGUGGCACCUCCCUACUUAUGUCUUUCCAUUGGCCGAGAGCGAUCCGUAUCAACACGCCGAAGUCUUUGGCGUGAUUCGAGAUCCAUACGAGCGUAUGGUAAGCGAAUUCUAUUAUAUUUGUACGCUCAAAGUGAAAGACUGGCGACCCGAUCAGUGCAAUCGUAGUAGACUUCAUGAGAGUGCAUACAUGAACCAGUGGCUGAUGCGCAAAAUGCACGAUCGAGAAACCAAGACGGCGGCUGGAUACUUGCUAGACAAUGGCCACUUUACACCUCAGAUUGAGUAUAUUGUUGGCCCUCACGAAACACGCUACGUUGAUUACAUCUUGCGACUAGACGAUACCUUGAAUCCACAAUUUGCACACUUGAUGCAGGUUUUCGGACUGGGCCACGUAGAAUUAAAAAAGUUCCAGGCUUUAGGAUCUGCGGAGGACUUUAAGGAUCGAAGCGAUGACACUCAUUUGACCACGGACGCUCUGGAUAAGCACACGUUGGAUUGGAUUCACAAUCGGUAUUCGCAAGACUUCCUGGACUUCGGCUACAUGAAGCGUGCCGUUGUCUAG